CGCAGCGAGUUUCCUCUGUCGUCGAAAGAAUGUGGGCCGCGUUUAUUAUAGAUAGUGGGUGUUUUUCUUGAGUCGUGCUUUUGGGUCACUUACGGUAAGGUGAACCGGCCGAGUCCACUGAGCGAUCAGGUGAUCCGGCAGCGAACAGCGGAACUGGCGCUGACUAACCGAGGCGGACGCAAGAUGGCAUGCGGCGAAUGCGGGGACUCAGUCCGCUCACCUUCCCAGGCUACAUUUGGAUUUAAAUUUUACCUUUGGAGCUACGCUGUGAUGAUGACGCGCUGAACCCGGUGCGAAGAUAGUCUAUAUUUAGGGUUUAUUUUAUUUUAUUUUAAAUUUACAUAAAUAUAACAACAAGAACAUCGCAAACAUGGGGCUGUGCUACAGCCUGCGCCCGCGUCUCUUCGGAGAGCUCAGCGGCUCCAUCUCCAAUGCGGCUUCGGACUCCGAGCAGCCGGCCGACUCGGCGGCACCGCUCCGUGCAGGUGGCUUGAGCCACGAGGACGCGGGGGGAUACGGCGAGACCGAGCCGUUCCGCGACGGCCAGAUACGCCGAGGGGACGCUGCCAAACCUUCCGCCGGGGAGCCCCGCCGCGGAGACCCGGCCACGGAUGGCGUGCUGAUCCAGAACGGAGGCGGAGGGGGAGGUAAGGCUGCGGGUACGGAGCACAACCGGCGGCUACAGCUGCUGCAGAAGCAGAAAAACUGGGAGAGACUGCUGACCGAGGAGAAGGAGGCAGAGAGGGAGGCGAAGAAAGUCAGCAAGAACAUUGACAGGGUCCUCAAGGAGCUGAAGCGGGAGUACAAACAGACUCAUCGGCUGCUUUUGCUAGGGGCUGGAGAGUCCGGAAAGAGCACGAUCGUCAAGCAGAUGAGGAUCCUGCACGUCAAUGGCUUCAAUGCGGAAGAAAAGAAACAAAAAAUCCUGGACAUUCGAAAAAAUGUGAAGGAUGCCAUAGUGACGAUAGUUUCUGCGAUGAGCACUUUAAUACCUCCUGUCCCACUGGCUAACCCUGAAGACCAAUUCAGAGUUGACUACAUCAAGAGCAUAGCGCCCCUGUCUGACUUUGACUAUACGCAGCCAGGAAGAAGAUUGACCAUUGAGACCAGGUGGCAUGAGAGCAGGAAGUGGCAUGAGGAGGCCAAACCACUUGUGCUGCAGCUUGGGGGGGGGGUGACUUAAUAGUUUAAUUUCAUGAUUUAUUCUUUUCUUUGUUAGUAUUUAAUGUAGUUUGAUCUUGUUGUGGAUAUAAUGUGGUGAACUGAGGUGUAGGGUAGGCUGCCAACCCGGUGAAAGUGCAGACUCGUGCGUGUGCUCCUGAUUUUCAGCAAGCAGUUAGACCAGAAGGGAACUUUUUGGGUCUUUGCUGCUUCUGCUUGUUCGUCUGAGGGCCCUGAAGGAUUCUGUGCUUGUUGCGAGACACAACUUGCAGCUAAAAAUAGUCUUAUUUUCACUUCUGUGAUGAGUCAGCCUAGUCCUAAAUGUAACACUGGGGCUAAAGAUAGAUCAGAAUGCAAGUGUUUCACUGGCUUGUGAAUUAAUGCACGGGCACACACACACACACACACACACACACACACACACACACACACACACACACACACACACACCACACACA